AGCAGGCACUGUAAAAAUAAGCAUUGUGAAAUAAAAUUAAAGAACCACGCUUGUUAAUAAAACACGUAAAAAUGUGCGAUAAUGAAUUGAUCAAUAAAAUAUUCAGUGACUUCCAAAAGAAUCUCGACCAAGAACAAGAACUACGCGAGACGAUUCGGACUAUAUGUAAAGAGGUUGACCAAAUUUCUCGGGAAGCGACCACAGUGCUCCAAGUAAUACACUACAAUGAAGCCGGCAUUGCUCCGGCAUGUGGCAAAGCUCGUCUACUUUUCGAGAAGGCCCACGAUGGAUACGCAAGACUGAAAGAUGCUGUACCACCAACCGAUUACUUCAAGUAUCAGGAUCACUGGAGAUUCAUGACCCAACGCUACUGUUAUCUGAUAGCGCUCACUAUAUGGCUAGAGAAGGGAAUCCUGGCUUCACACGAGACCAUGGCUGAAAUAUUAGGUGUUAGUCCAGUGGAGUUAAAAGAAGGUUUCCAUUUGGACAUUGAAGACUAUCUGAUUGGGCUAUUGACGAUGUGCUCAGAAUUGUCUCGUCUGGCCGUGAACUCGGUGACCCGCGGCGACUACGAGCGCCCCCUGAGGAUCUCCAAGUUCGUGAUGGAACUGAACGCCGGCUUCAGGCUAUUGAACUUGAAGAACGAUCAUUUGCGCAAACGCUUCGACGCCCUAAAGUACGACGUGAAGAAAAUAGAGGAAGUCGUCUACGAUCUCAGCAUCAGGGGGCUGCUGCCCAAGGGCGAUGCGGACCACGGACCAGAACACGAACAUAAAUAAUAAAUAAAUAACAUUCUUAAACAAAA